AUGUCGAUCAACAACUUGAAUCCUAGUCCAAAUGACUCCGUCUUAAGCAAGGUCUUUAUAGUCCUUGGAAUUAUCGGGACUGGUGUGACAUGGGGGCGCACCAUUGGCGACGGCACUCUGGCACAUCUCCUAGAGGCUUUGGAUGGCACGGAUGGAAAAUACAUUCUCCCAGGCACGGACUUCACGCUGCGUGACAACUUCACUGGAAUCUGGCCACUUGACUACCUACUACGGACACUAGUAGUUUUCUUCUGGGAGGUUGUCGACGGCUCCCACCCAGCUGCCACAACAACAGGCAUCUACUUCAUCGGUCUGCUUUUUCCCAUCAUAGUUGCCAUUUACCUGGACGGGCUCCGCCGUGGAAAUGGGUCCUCAAUUUUGAAACCGUCGUUAUGGUUUCUUAUCUUUGGAGCCGCAGCCAUCGGAUGCAGUGGCGCAGGGUGGGCAAUUUUAUAUACAGCAGCUUCGCCAACAACUUUGUCGUCAAUCGCUCCAGAUUCCCUUCGACGAGCCUCACUUCUCUCUUCUACGAGUACGGCCGUUCUACUGCUUCCAGCCAUUUUCAUUGGAUACGUACUUCCCAUGGUGCUUAUGGGCCUCCCAUCGCCGUACUUCGUCUCCAAUAAUUUCCAACAAUGGACAAUCGUUAUCUGGAAUGCGUUUCCCAUCAUCAUGUACACCAUCAUUGCGACAGGCGAGCGUAUCUUGAGCCUGAGAUCCUCUUCCUCGUCACCGAAGAUCUCUAUGUCUAGCUCUCAAGCCGCGCAUCUACGCGUGGUGAGAUUAAUGAGCAUCGUCUCGGUCGCAGUUGGCCUUGCUCUCCAUGUUGCCGUUACCACCAUCUCCGCCUCUGCAGCCCUUUUCCCGGCUCUCUUUGACAGCAAAUACGUCAAGGAACUGACUCCAUUAUCUUUGAUGACUCCUCCUCUUUCUCUCGCUGGCGGCGACACGGUCGGAGAUGGUAUUCAUGGCUUUAUGCUGUGGGACCAGAUUAUAGGAUUCUCGUUAGUACAGCUUGUGUUUCUAAGUCAGCUUCGGAAUGCCCUGCGAUUUUCCAACUUUCAGCAUCGUGGAUGGAUAGGCCUUGGCACUGUUGCCUUUCUACUCUCUUUUGUAGUGGGUCCUGGUACAACUGUUAUUGUCACUAGCUGGCUGCGAGAUGAGAUCUUAUUCAACCAAACGGAGAUACAGACCCCCACUAAUGAAAAGGCGGGAAAGACAUUAACCAAAAACUAG